UUGGGUGUUUAUGUGUCUUUAUUGUUUUGCUUUGGAUUAAAUAGUACUGUACAGAACUUCCUGUUAUAGGUUAGGGCACACGACUGGGAUAACGUGAAACUUAUUUGCCAGAAUAUGAAAUUACGGAGCCUCUGGGCUGCUUCGUUUAUGUGUUUCGUGACGUUCAUUUGUGCUAAGGAUCAAUGUUACUUGACUUUAAAAGCAGAUCCUCUGUAUAUCUUCUUUGGAGAACAGAUUAAUUUCUCUUGCACACUUAAUAGUUCCAGAACACCUGUCAAUUCUUCUGAAAAUAACAUUGUUAUCACAAAGUGGAAUGGACACAAUCUGACCAUUUCCAGUUAUUUGCGUAGCAUUAAUACAAUCACUGCUUAUGGACGAGAUGUUGUUUCUGUAAACAUGGUCCGUGAAGGUGUGGGACUUUUGCCGUAUGUUUGCACCUCUCCUGUCUGUGAAGAGAAGUCUUCAGCAAAGUUCUUUACCAUUGAGCACCGUCCACAAAAGGUAACAAACGGUUCCUGUCUGGUCUACAACUGGAGAAACAUGACGUGUGUUUGGGAUCUAGGGGUGAUGUACUUGCACAAAAACACCCGGGACAUGAACAUCACAGCUCACUACAACGACACGGUGGCGGACUUCAAUCUUCAGGAUUACAACGUUUCUCUGCAGUGGAGUGUGUAUACACACUUGUCUCCUUGCAAGAACAUGCGAAUCCACGGGAAAUGUCUUACGUGUGAGAUAAAGGAAACUGAUGGCAAAGAUCAUUUCAAGGGUGGGGUAUACGUUUUUGUUGUCAACAUUACCAACAGCAGACGACCGGAAACCAGCGUCUCUUCUCAGUUCUACUUCAGAACAGAUGAAUUGGUACAACCGGCAAAAGUUGAUAUAGGAAAAAUAGAGGCAAACGAAACAGCCAUAUUGCUUUCAUGGAGUCAUUCCGAUCCAUAUCGCUCACUUCAUUUCAAGAUAGAAUACAAAUCUGAAUGGGAAAGUGUUUGGAAGGUGGAUAUAUAUACCAGAGAAAUAGAGGACUUAAUGUUAAUUGCAGAACCAAUGGCAAGGUCCACGAGGGAAAUGAGUACAACUCUGCUCGAUUUGAUUCCAUACACGACUUACAACAUUCGGAUAUCGUGUAAACCGAUAGUGCAGGGGAAACUGAAGGGAUUCUGGUCCGAAUUUACCACGGCAACCGUAAAGACCUUGGAGGACGUUCCAUCGGUUGUUCCCGUUGUUCACGAGUCAUUUUUCAGCUGUAUGAAUGCAUCCUGCACUGAAGUAGAAAUAUACUGGGAGUCCAUCAAGCAGGAGUACAGAAGAAGUGACACAAUGAUGUACAAGAUUGAGCUGGUGUCUUCAAACUCUCCUCCUAACAAAACAAUUUAUGCACUUGGCGAUUCAGUAUCAACAAAAUUGUCCUUCAACACAGAUGGUACAAACAAUAUAACCAUCCUGCCUUUUAACAUCAGGACCGAAAAGUUUCCAAAUUUGAGACCAUCUAAUUUGGUAAUUCCUCCAAAAUCACAAUGGCCAAAUGCCCCUAUCCAUUUUGAGGCUCUGGGUGAAAGUUCACGUACGAGACAAGUGACCUUGACAUGGAGUUAUCCUGAUGAAUUUAAAGUCAAACCCUUUAACGGGGAAUAUACCGUUGUGUGGUGUGGAAAAAUGGAUGGUGGAGAGUGCCAGGGAGAAUUCAACUGGCUGACCCCUGUUUUGAAUUCAUCUCAUCGUAUAGAAGUACCAGAUGGGGCAAGUGUGGAUGAUUACAAGUAUGGAAUAGCCGCUAAUGGAUAUUACGGGGGAGUGAAGAGUAGCAGCGGAAUAGUCUGGGGAGACUGCGUUCACUUCAACAAUAUAACAAUAUCCGAGAAAUUAUAUGUCAUACCAGUCCUAGACGACGUCGAUCACGUGAAGCUCGCGUGGAAUCCAUACAAUUGUAAAGAGUACAGGGGUCACGUGAUAAAGUACAUCAUCCAAUACUGUGAAUUAAGAAGCUGUCAAGUUUCAUCAGUUUCUGUCAACGUCAGUAGACAUGCGAGAUAUUACAAGUUAGAGGGCCUGUCCCCCACCAAAUACCGGGCAUGGGUAUCCGCUGUUUCUGACGCUGGGCAGGGUCCAAGAAGUGAGGUGGAUUUUGUGAUGUAUGGAGACAGAAUGAAUUUUGGAGAUGAAGAGAAUGAAAACAAGGCAUUAGAAUUAAGCAUCACAUUUGGGAUUUUAGCAUUCUGCCUGCUUCUUCUUUUAUUUUACUUCUUGUGGAAACGUUGCAGAAGUUUAGAGAACUUUGAGAUUAAAUUACCCAACAUUGAAAAAGAAGUACCGGAUGACGAGACCGGAAAUUCUCAGACCACGAGUGGAAUGUGGAGUGUGGUUCGUGGUUCUGAUAAUUCAAGCCAAUCACUCAAUCACGUGUACAAUAGUUCUAGCGGAACUGGAGACUCUGGGUGUGGUCACAUGAAACCCCACGAGAUUGAUAUACCUAGUACUGAGUAUAUACCUCUGCAGAUUCAUAGUUCGCGCGUGCCUGAUUACUCCCGAGACAAGUACUACUCAUAUAAUGAAGCAAAACUGCAGCAGGACAGCGGAACUGAAAAUACGCAAUAUCACAGAUCCACGGAAAGUGAUCUAUUGCUGGGACAGAGGGAAGAUCCCAUUUCCGAGGAAAGUGCUUAUGUUUCAGACACAGGCUCUCAAGACAGAAGUCAGCUACCUUCAGCAAAUUGUGAAGAACAUCAGCCGUUAGUGAGUUGUGAAGAACGUGAACCAUUAGUGACACAGGCACACCAUAAAGCACACGAAUCAGACGACAGUUCUAUUGAUGAUUUACAUUACAGUGUGGAAGAUAUCAGUACUGUGUUGGACCAGAGCGGUUCCACUGUACCCGAUUAUGUAUUUAGUACAUGUACUUCACAUAGUAUAUGUAAUUCAAAGAUGUCAAAGAGUGUGGUUAACAAUUGUCCAUUCAAUGAGAAGGGGGGAUAUGUUUCCAUGGGGACAGAUUCGUAAAAGUGAAUUUAUAAACAUGUUUAUGGCGUUUGUGCUCAGGAGCCGAUUAGAAUUAAGCAACUGAUUUGAAACUUCUGAAAACGAGAAUACGAAUACUCGAGAUUACAUUGAUACCGCUAACUAAUCCCUCCACUGUUCUAAAUACGAAAGGUCAGCAUCAUUAUCGAAGUCUGGUUUUAAGGAUAAAAAAACGAAUCUAAUUCAUUAGCUUCAUUUAUGAUGAUCAUGAAAGAAUUGAUCAUAAAUGUAAAAAAAAAAAUAUAAAUGGUUCCAUGGUUUUUAAUUGUUCAUUCGCUAUUGAAGUCAUUUAAUACCAUGCCGUAAAAGUACUUUAUCCCCACAGAACUACCUCAGUCAAAGCUUUAAAACCAUUGUGAAUUUGAUAUGAAUAGAACUAUUAGUAUUGGACUAAGAGAAUCUUUUCUGAUCGAAUUUAGUCUGUUGCUUGUUUCUCUUAAUAAAAUAUAACAUCACUAGAAGUGCUACAAAUAAACAUUUUAUCUACCUGAGAUAAAAGGUAGGGAAUCUUCUACAUGUUCUAGGUACUUCAACGCAUUGUCAUUAUAUAGAGAUCAGAGAGAUGUCUAUAAAAUAAAAAAGGAAGCUGUGAAAUAAUUUUUAUCUACUAAUGCAAGAAAUGCUAUAUGAUGGUUUGUCAAAUUUUACAUUUUUCAUAUUUCAUAAGUACACUAGUCAUUAUCGUUGUAUAUUACGCACAACUUCAACUGAAUCUGAAUCGUGUCUUUUUUUUUUAUGCAUUAUAUGCAAUUUCUUGGUACCGUAUACUGCCUGAAUUCCAACAUGCAAUUUUUCCUUGGAAAUAAGCUUGUGUAAGCCUUCAGGGGGGUGGGUGGUCCAUCCUUAAUUAAUUUAUCAUAAUUUAUUAGAAAGGUUUCAAUCCUUAUUUAUAUAUUCAUGACAUUCUGUCAUAUUCUAUAUCUGAAUAAGAUGAAAUGAAAUCUUGCCAAUAGUAACAAAAUGAUAAUGUGGAUCUGAUGUGCUUAUUGUUGAGCCACUAUUUAUUGUAAAUUUUGUGUUUAUGAACAUAAUUAAGGUGCUCAUGUGUGGUUGUGGUCCAUCAGCCUCUUUGUUUACGUUGUCUUAUUGUCAGCAUUAUAACGAGAUUAAUUCAUUUUUUUUUUUUAAAUGUCCUUACCAUACUUUUGUAUGAACGCAUAAAGUACAUCUUGUUUUGGUUAAUGCCAUUGUUUUUCUAUGUUGAAUGAACAAUAAAAGUUGGGGGGAAAAACUUAUCAUUAUGGUUAUUUAAAAAAAUGUUAACAAUGAUCAUUGAUGCAAGGGGGAGUGGGGACUAGGAAAUUAUAUUUUUUGACACGUUGUUACCACGAAUUCCCAUGAUUUGUACCUACACUUCACCAUGGGUCCAACGUCUGCUCCUGUCUUAUACGUAUGUACCUGUAUAUAUAUUACUGACCCUUUAGCUCACAACAGUGGAAAGCUCAAGCGAGUUUUUUUGACCGAAGUUUUACUAUUGUCCCUAUGAAAAAGUACUUCUUCUCAAGAACACAAGGCCAAUUUCAACCAAACUUGGCAUAAAGUAUUAAAGGGGAACUAGCUGUUAUUGUUAAAUACGUAUAUAAAAACUAUAAUUCUGAACCAAUGAAAAAGUUUAGAAA